UUUGUAACCCACUAGGAUUCUUCACAAUAAGAGGGACAUUUCAUAUUCAUUUUCAAUUUCACUAUUUAAGAAUGCCAUUACCAAAUACCAAACCAUGCCUAAUAUCCUUCACACACUAGAACCAGCAAAAACCAAAAAAUGAGUUCCCAGAACCUCCUCAAUUUCCUUGCUAGUCUGUUUCUUCUGCAGUUCUUAGCUAGUUGUCAAGCAAAACUUCAUGUUGAUCAUUAUAGAGACACAUGCCCAAAUGUCGAAUCAAUCGUCCGGAAUGCGGUUGAGAUGAAAUUUCAGCAGACAUUUGUGACAGCACCUGCUACUCUUAGGCUCUUCUUCCAUGAUUGUUUUGUUCGGGGAUGUGAUGCUUCUGUGAUGCUAGCUUCAAGAAACAACACUGCAGAGAAGGAUAAUCCCACUGAUCUUUCACUAGCUGGUGAUGGGUUUGACACUGUGAUCAAAGCCAAGGCUGCAGUUGAUAGUGUACCUGGCUGCCAGAAUAAGGUUUCAUGUGCUGACAUAUUGGCAUUGGCAACUAGAGAUGUCAUAGUAUUGACUGGAGGACCCUCUUAUGCAGUAGAAUUGGGAAGGCUAGAUGGGAGAAUCUCUACAAAAGCCAGUGUCAGAAACCAUGUACCUCAUCCUGAAUUCAAACUAGCACAGAUGACCAAAAUGUUUGCUUCAAAUGGCCUCACCCUUACAGAUCUAGUUGCUCUAUCAGGUGCACAUACCAUUGGGUUUUCUCAUUGCAGCCAGUUCUCCAAAAGAAUUUACAACUUCAAAAGCAGCAAAAGAAUUGAUCCAUCACUUAAUCUUGCAUAUGCAAAACAGCUCCAGCAAGUGUGCCCCAAAAAUGUGGACCCCAGAAUUUCCAUUGACAUGGACCCAAUAACCCCUAGAACAUUUGAUAAUCAGUACUACAAGAAUCUUCAGCAAGGAAGAGGACUCCUUUCUUCUGAUCAAUCUUUGUUUACUCAUAAGAGUUCAAGAAACCUGGUGAACUUAUUUGCAUCCAACAACACAGCCUUUGAAACAUCUUUUGUAAAUGCUAUGACCAAGCUUGGACGGACCGGGAUCAAAACGGGAAAUCAGGGUGAAAUCAGGCGUGAUUGCACAAUGAUUAAUUGAGACACUCACUUAUUUUCUUCUUUUUCUUUGUUUCUUAUUAAGGAUGUAUAAGAUUAAUGUAGGGAUGGGAUAAUAAACUAAAGAGAAAUGCUGCAAAAUACACUCUUUUCAACACUCUCUUUAUAGUAUGCUACUAUGCUUGGAUGAA